UCGCCAGUUUUCCAAUAAACUUGCACCGAGCAAGACCUGUGUGCGCGCGUGUUGGAAAGUGAAGAUUCUAAAAUCACAGAAACCCUGCCAAAAAGUACGAAAAGUUUCGACAAGUUUCGGAAAGUGUGAUUGCGAAAAUUGCGAGUAGAGCAAAACCAUAACGAAAUAGUUGCCAAAGUGAUCGGAUCGAUAUCGAUAACGCGAUCGCAUCGAUGUGCGCGUAGUGGUGCGACGCGUAUGAUGAGCCUGACUGUGCUCUCGCUGCCGCAACGUUUCAAGCGAAUCCUGCAAGCCAUGAUGCUAGCCGUGGCCGUUGUCUACAUGACGCUGCUGCUCUACCAGAGCGCCUACGGAUAUCCGGGCAUCCAAGUGCCGCACAGCCAGGUGGUGGAUGGUGGCCUGGCCAGUGAACCCGUGACCACACAUCGCGACCAGCUGCUCCAGGAAUAUGUGCAGUCCUCGACGCCCACACAGCCGGGAGGAGCAGGUGCUCCGGCCGCCUCACCGACCACGGUGAUCAUCCGGAAGGAUAUCCGGAGCUUCAACUUCAGCGACAUCGAGGUCAGCGAGCGGCCCACGGCCACGCUGCUGACAGAGCUGGCUCGGAGGAGCCGGAACGGGGAGCUGCUCCACGAUCUCUCCCAGCGAGCGGUGACUGCGACGCCCCAGCCGCCGGUCACCGAGCUGGAUGACAUUUUCAUCAGCGUGAAGACGACGAAGAACUAUCACGACACGCGGCUGGCGCUGAUCAUCAAGACCUGGUUCCAGCUGGCCCGCGAUCAGACCUGGUUCUUCACGGACACGGAUGAUCACCAUUACCAGGAGAAGACAAAGGGCCAUCUCAUCAACACGAAAUGCUCACAGGGCCACUUUCGCAAGGCGCUCUGCUGCAAAAUGUCUGCCGAAUUGGAUGUCUUCCUGGAGAGCGGCAAGAAGUGGUUCUGUCACUUUGACGAUGACAACUAUGUCAACGUACCGAGGCUAGUGAAGCUUCUGGACGAGUAUAGUCCCAGCGUGGACUGGUAUCUGGGCAAGCCGAGCAUCUCGUCGCCGCUGGAGAUCCACUUGGACAGCAAGAACACGACGACCAACAAGAAGAUAACCUUCUGGUUCGCCACUGGCGGAGCUGGCUUCUGUCUCAGCCGGGCCCUGACCCUCAAGAUGCUGCCCAUAGCAGGUGGUGGCAAGUUCAUCAGCAUCGGCGACAAGAUUCGCUUUCCGGACGAUGUCACAAUGGGCUUCAUAAUAGAACACUUGCUCAAGGUUCCUCUGACUGUGGUGGACAACUUCCACUCGCAUCUGGAGCCCAUGGAGUUUAUACGCCAGGAUACGUUCCACGACCAGGUGUCCUUCAGCUAUGCGCACAUGAAGAACCAAUGGAAUGUGAUCAAGGUGGAUGGCUUUGAUCUGAAGACCGAUCCCAAGCGAUUCUACUCCCUGCACUGCCAGCUCUUUCCCUACUUCAGCUUCUGCCCGCCCAGAUGAGCUGGGUGAUCGCGACCCUGAUCCGGAGAUGGACCCAUUUCUGGAUCCCAUUUGGCUGUUGCAGGCGCACGUCUGCCGCCGGAUCGGUUGUGAACCGAUGGGGCAGGCGUCUAAAAAAUAUAACAAAUCUCGCCACUGUGAUUUAACCUUAAGUGUAUAUGGUAUACGAGUAACGAACGGUUCUUUUGUGUAUAUAGUAUAGCGGCUUCCAGCUCGACAGAUGUGCUUCCUAAUGGUCUAAGUUUCACUGUAGCUCUAGGUCUUGCAAUCUUCCAACACACUUCCAAGUGCUUCCCUAUAGCGUUACACGGCCCUGUUCCGGCCAACUUAGUUUGUAGUUAAAUUAAUGGUCUAGUCUAUGUUUAAGUUAGCUUAGCACCAGAGAGACCGCUUGACCCUCUGCUGUGUAAUACUGUAAUGCAGUCUAAUGAAUUGGCCUAGAGUAGCAAUAUGCGUGUAUAUAGUAUAGAUCUAGUGUGUGCUCAGAUCUAACCAAGAAAUGUUUAAACAAGUUUGUUAAUUUUUAGUUUGCUUAAA